AUGCCGCCUUCCGCCUCUGCGUGGGAACUCUGGGACCCAAGCCGACCCGGUGGAGGGCUCUCCAGGCACGCUCCUGUAGGGCCGACGCCCACGGUCUUCGAGGCCUUUCAUCGUCACGAAUUUGUUGCAGCCUCGGCGCCGGCCAAGAUCCGGACACUGCCAACACCGCUGCCCGCACUCCAGAAACCUCUCGACGAGGAGGAGAUGGCUGCCUCCCGGCCGAGGGUCCAGGAGCUUCCACCAGAAGAGAUGCCAAAGGUGCGCACCAUCGAUGAGGAGGAUGACCUUCGCUUUAAGGACAGCGAAAAGGAUCCGCAGAUUGCGCGGCUGGGAGCCACGUCACAUGGCGAUGUGGGUGUUUUGUGCGGGUGA